AUGUGGAACCAUGAGCCCGAUACUAUUGAAAAUGUACCGGAGCCAACUCCUUCUGAGAAAAAAAGCGUGAAAAAAUCACCUACAAGUGCUACCACUUUACAACCAAUGGCUGAUAAAUUUUCUGACUUGUCAGUUUCUACCGAAACUACUUACACACAAAAUACAGCAUUUAAUCCAACAAAAUCAAAUCCAGGUUAUCUGGACGAAAGCAAACAGCAAGUGGAAAUGAAAAAAGAAGACGAUUAUUGGAAAUGUAAUGAAUCACAUUCUACACAAGAUUAUAUGACUACAUAUUCUCACGAUUAUAAAAAAAAAGACGAACGACAACACGAUCUUAUAAUAAAUGCUUCGGCACCAUUAUCUUCGUCUAGUGAACCUUUUGAUACUUCUCCAACCACUCCACAAUUUAACAAAAGACGACAAGACUCGUUUGGAUCUUCUCGGGAAGGAAUGGCUUCUACUACAUAUCCAUUAUAUGCUUCACCUUAUCAUCAAUACCCAUCACAUAAUUCACAUCCACAAUAUGGAAUUUAUGGUUCACGAGCAUCGGAUUAUUCAUCUUCACAACAGUCAAUUGGUUCAUCUCAGAUUAUAAGCACAGCAGGUCGUAUUUCAAAUGAUGAUGAAAUGAAUGCUCAGAAAAUAAUUAAAACUGAAUCUAUUGAUGAACAACUAUCAACAUAUUGGACUGGCUCUUUAGUUAAAGGACAAUUGGCUCAAUAUAUUGGGCGGGUCAUAGUUAAACCUUUGAAAGAUAGAUGCGAUAACGUUGAUUAUAUAGGUACUAUCAUGAGUCAACCUCAAUUAUGGAUGAGAAAUAUGUUACCACAACCAUAUGCGGAGAGAUUGGUAGAUCCUAAAGAUUCAAUUAAAUAUCCAAUGUUUUUAAUGGAUUUUAUUGAUGAUGGAAAUGAUAACACACGGAAGGCAAUAGAAGCUGACCUUUUAGGAAUGAAAUGGAAUGAAAUUGUGGGCAUUAUUUGGCUUAAUGAUUCUUCAAAUUUGUGUUGGCUAGUUUUCCCAAAUUCUCAACGAACUUCCACUCAACUAAGAAUUGUGCCCCGUCCUAUAGAAAAAUUUAUAAUUAUUCCAAAAACUAUAUACAUAGAUGAAAACACGCCAUUUGGUUAUAUUGAAAGUAUUAAACAAUCUGACCCACAAACAGUGGCCAUUACUCAAAAUCCUAUAAUCCAAGAUCGACUUACAGAUGACUUAUAUUACGCAACUCAAGUAUCAAUACUAUCAAAUAACUAUUAUGCUUUACCAGAAUUAUGUAGAAAUAAUCCAUAUUUUGGAGUAUUUGGUUCAAAAGAAAAAUUUGAAGUUAGAGAAAUUAUUGAAGCUAUUCAUGUUAAUUACUUGAACCAAAUCAACUUUAUACCACGAUUAAUUGAACUUAAACAUAAACAGGAUUGUAAAUUUCAUAUAUUUGGGUGUGAUUUAUAUUCACCUGAUCCUGUUAAUCUUGUUGAAUGUUUUUCCUCUGGUGGAAUUGUUACGGUAACGCCACAGGUUUUUUUGUCAGGACGUUAUAAUGAUAUUAUUCAAAGGGUCAUGGAUGUCUGCAAUAAGCAACUUAUAGAAAAAAAUUGGAAAUGGACUAUAAAACUAUAUUCAGAAAUUGGCACAAUGCUCGAUGCUAUGUGUACCGAACAGGAAUAUAAAGCAUAUUUUACAUAUACAAGAUUUAAGAAUCAUAUGGAAUGCCAACACUUUGAAUUGUUCAACGAUGAGGAAGUUAAAUGUAUUGAAAAACUUCAAAAACAAGAUCCACCGAUGGUGAAAAUCUUAUAUUAUAUAAUGACUAGAAUACAUAAUUCACAUCUGACAGAAUUUAGGCAUGUCAUCUUGAUUCAAGACGAUACUGAAGUAGAAUUGGGAGUUGCUGAUGUUCCUGGAGUUGAAAGGAUGUUAUUAACAGAUUUUGAAUCAAUAUUUGGAUGCAGUGAAUCCGUCUAA